UGCGUCUUGCCCAAAAAGUCGCACUGGAACAACACACCCAGAGCCGUAUAAUAGAAUAAUAAUCUCUCUAUAUAUGGCACUGAACACACCGCAAAGACUUUAGCCGACGGCCAAGUAGCACGUACGCACUGCGCAUGCGUGAGUGGCAACAAUUCAACAUCGACAACAUGGGAGCGGAGCAGCGGAGACUGUCGGCAAAAGAAAUCACUCUUAUUGGCUGUUCAGUUUAGCGAAUCAGUGCAUGAGAAUCGAAACGGAAGUGAGGUACCAGACACCACAUAGACGGCUAUUAUUUUUCAUUUUCAUCUCACCUGGACGCAAGAAUUUAUUUUUACGUCAUGGCGAUCUGGAAUGACGAAAUUGAAGACCAAUUCAUCAGCUUGAUUCAGGAGAGGCCAGCUCUGUACGACAUUACAGAUAAACUGUACGCGAACCGAAUAGUGAAAACCGGACUCUGGCGAGAGAUUGAAACUCAACUUGUUUUACCAGAGAAAGAGCUGAGGAAGAAGUGGGAUUCUCUGCGAACCCAGUACACCCGGUACAAGAAACUUGCACCUUCGGGUAGUUCUGGAGCACCAAAGACCGGCAGACAGCAGUGGAUCCUGGCCAGGCUGCAGUUUUUACGUGCCUCUGCGUAUGACGUCACUGUCCCCUCCUGCUCAUUCUUCUGCUCGUGCUCGGCUGUUUCAGCGCAGUGGUCAUUCCUCUCGUGAGCUGUGUCUGUAAAUGGUGAAGUCUGCAGAAGGCGGAAUAAGAGACACUCAGUACUUGAGGAACAAACAAUUAGCCUUCAAAGCAGGAAAUUAAAGUGGGGGCCAAGUCUGUAAAAGG